AUGAAGGCAGCAGGAAGUACUGCCGUGAAGUUUGAUCCGAAUCCCUUGAAGGAUGGAGUAAGUUCCAUCUAUACACCUGGCGAUGGCGCCGCGGACGUAUUGGCUUCGUCUCGCAUCUCUCGUCAAAUUAAUUUUGUGGAUGACGGUAAACUAUUUGAGGGCCACUUCACCCUUCAUACGAGGGGCCUAAAGUCUCUAAUUCAACUUCUUGUGGAUCAGCAGUCAGAGCAACAGGUCAUCAUCAACGAUCUCCAGGACCAGAUGAACACGAUACGACAGCAAACAUCUAAAGUGCGCAGGGCUGUGAAUGCAGCCCCGAUGUUUGUUGCCCCCGAAGGGGGUACGGACACCGGUUCGGUGCUUAAGGAGGUGGAGGACCUUCGCCGCCGCGUAAAGCGGUUGGAAGGCUUUAGGGCACUAUGGGGUGUGCACCAUGAAGAGGUUGAGGCUCUAAUAAGUACCUAUGGGGACCCCGUGGUUACACCCGAAGAAUAUACUGCCUAUCUUUUGAAUUUGCAGCCGUUUCGCCAACUGCGAAGUGAUGCUCAGCAUUCUGCCGUUUCUCUCGUGGAGCGUCGUUUAUCCAUCUCGGCACAGCAAAGAUCCAGGGAGAGUGGGAGCAGAAAACGCAUUUCUCGUGAUGAUGAUCUCCUUAGUCCUGUUGAGCGUGAUGCCCGCGACAACUCUCGUGCUGUCCGUGAUCGCAGGAAUCGUGAGGAUGAACCCCGCAGUCCUGCUGAGCGUGAUGCCCGCGACAACUCUCGUGCUGCCCGUGAUCGCAGGAAUCGUGAGGAUGAACCCCGCGGUCCUGCUGAGCGUGAUGCCCGCGACAACUCUCGUGCUGCCCGUGAUCGCAGGAAUCGUGAGGAUGAACCCCGCAGUCCUGUUGAGCGUGAUGCCCGCGACAACUCUCGUGCUGCCCGUGAUCGCAGGAAUCGUGAGGAUGAACCCCGCAGUCCUGUUGAGCGUGAUGCCCGCGACAACUCUCGUGCUGCCCGUGAUCGCAGGAAUCGUGAGGAUGAACCCCGCAGUCCUGUUGAGCGUGAUGCCCGCGACAACUCUCGUGCUGCCCGUGAUCGCAGGAGUCGUGAGGAUGAACCCCGCAGUCCUGUUGAGCGUGAUGCCCGCGACAACUCUCGUGCUGCCCGUGAUCGCAGGAAUCGUGAGGAUGAACCCCGCAGUCCUGUUGAGCGUGAUGCCCGCGACAACUCUCGUGCUGCCCGUGAUCGCAGGAAUCGUGAGGAUGAACCCCGCAGUCCUGUUGAGCGUGAUGCCCGCGACAACUCUCGUGCUGCCCGUGAUCGCAGGAAUCGUGAGGAUGAACCCCGCAGUCCUGUUGAGCGUGAUGCCCGCGAAAAAUCUCGUGCUGUUCGUGAUCGCAGGAGCCAUGAGGAUGCUCCUUCUGGCUUUGAUGACGAAGGUGAGAGUCUGAGGCAGCUGGAGAGUCGUGUUGCUGCCUUGGAGCAGAGGCUGAGGAGAGGCGUUGCCGCGGUGCACUCCUCGUCGAGAAAGGCAAGUGCUAACUCUGGCCACUCUUCUGUGUCUCCAAUUGAGGUUGUGGAUGAACAGGCACGGGAGGACCUGGAGGAGCUUGAGCGAUUUGUCGUUCGACGAUUCAAGGAGCUGGACAAGGCCCUGUCAAAGUCCCGCGACGCCACUCCGGCCGCUGCUACAAGUCCCGUGAGAGGUGCUGGUCAUCCCGUCGGAAGAUCCGAGAGAUUAUCACAUGGACUUUCUGUGACGCCAACUGAAAGUGGUGGCAGUAACGCGAAGAGGAGCAACGAGGCUGCUGUUGCCAACAAAGAUAACACCAACGCAAGCGAGUCGAAACAAAGGAAAGAGCGGAAUGCCCCCACAGAUGCUGCAGUGGUGGAUCAAGUGGCCCGAGAAGAUGCCUUUGCCGCGUUGGAUCAGGUGGCGAACCUCGAGAAGUUUGUGAACAGGAAACUCAAAGAGUUGUCGGUGGCCAUUGGUAAGGAGUUGGGUCCUGGUUCUGUGCGGCCCUCUGGCGAAAGCCGACAAGCCGUUUCUCUGGAGCCUCAGCCUCAGGGAGCGAUGGUGGACCAGAUAGCUCGUGACGACGCUGCCCGAUCAAUUGAAGCAGUUCAAGAGCUUGAGGAGGACUGGGGCAAGCGUUGGCAAUCUUUGGAGGAGCGUCUGCGGAUCAUUGGUCGAGCGUCAGUAAGUAAAGGAUCGCUUCAGGCUUCUGCUGCCGCAUCUUCUAUUGACAGAAAGGCCCGUGAGGACGCCUCUAUGUCUCUUAUGCGAAUACAACAACUGGAACGGGAAAUAAGUGGAUUUAGGCGCCUUCUUCAGAGGCAGGAGACCCCAAUAACUUCUGAAGAGGUGGCGCCUCCUGAUGCGCGAGGUGACAGCGGUGUCGUGUUUCCCGUACCACCUAAAGUACAGCGUCCAGCGACCUUUCCUCUCACAGGAAAAGGCCCGGAUGGUGCAGUGGGGUCCACUGAUGUGGAAUAUCAGAAACGUAUGCAAGAUUUGGAGCAGGAGGUGGAACAGCGAAUGAAGGAAGUGAACCGGGCCCUUGCUACGCUCCGUUCAACGCAGUCAGGGUUUCCAGUUGGAAAUUCCCCGGGGGCAACGGAUGCGUUUGGCGGAAAGGAACCGCAGAUUUCGAAUCAAGUUGUAUUUAACUCAAGGGACACUGACAGUCUUGAAUUGUUAGAACCCUCUGUUUCCUUUUCUCGCUUUCCCGCAUCUCAGACAGCAGUGCUGGUGAUGAAAUCUCGUGAAGCUGCGGGAGUUGGAAGUCCCAUUAGAAUCGUGGAACCGAUGCGGGAGGAUGCGAUUGUGUUGCGCUCUCCACAAUUAGAAGGCUUUGGGACACCACUUGUGAAGCGUGAGAUGCCAGGAGCAGAGACACCUUCUCAAGGUAUGGUGCGCAACGAAGAAGAGCAACUGCGCCAAAUGAGGGCAACAAAUGGUGGUGGGACCGAGUCGUGGCAAGGUGUGUACUCUUCUGGUCCACAUCUCGCCCCGCAUGGUGACGGAAAUCUACCUGUUACAGAUGCCGCGGGUGGUGCCGCUGUCUCAACUGCUGCCAACGCAAAUUUGAAUUCUGUCCCCAUGACUCUUGCUAACGCCGACCUCAGGUCACAUCCCUCCAACUCCAGGCUUCCCGUGGGUGCUGUUGGGCGGGCAUCUCCUAUGGACCGCACGGGGGAGCUCGAUCAGCUUCGAUCACAUAGCACAGUUCUGCAUAAAGUGUCAGUGAGUCCCCGUGGAAAGAUGGGAGAAAGAUUUUUGGUGGAGCAAAAUGCGCUGGGUCACAUAACACCAUGUGUUGUGUACAACUGUGCCUGGUGUGCCGCACAGAAGCAGGGAAUAUCUGCACAGACUGCGCGAUCAGCACAAUAG